CCAGCGCUCUUAAACACACUUUACAGCAAGGUUAAGGGGCCUUUGAGUUUCAAGCAGAACAAUAAAUAGUAUUUACUCCAUUGCACUUGCUUUUCCCUUACCGAUCACCGCCAACGGAGAUCAUUCUUCUUCCCAAAACUUGCAGAUCCAAAUUCCAAUCGGUGCUUUCUUACAAUCUAUCUGGUUUGCUUAUUUCUCUGCCUCUAUCCACAACGAUUUUCUUUCGUUUUAUGCUGCCCUUUUGUAGUAGUACUACGCUCUCUCGAUUUUUAGGAGUUUUUCAGAAUUUUGAUAAUGUGUUUGUAUGCUUUGGGGUAUUACAUGGUUGAUGAACUCUAAAUUAUACAAGAGGAAUCCGUUCUAUUUAAUAACUGGUUUUUUGCUAAGUGUAUCAGAUAUUGAUAGUUUGUUUCUAUGUAUGUAAUGUGAUUCAAUUCUCAUUUGUGUGUAAAUGGAGAGACGCAGAGUACACUACAUUACUACUGGAAUUAUUGCAAAACUUGUUGUUUGAUGCAUUCUGUUUGAUAAUCUGUGCUCGAGGUGUAACUUCACAGGUAGCUUGAGACUGAGCUGCACUGAAGCUACACGGGCAAUGAAUUAAGACAUUGAAGAUUGUUCCCAUCUGCUGGUCUUUGCCUGAUUGCUAUUGUUUAUGCUGUCUACAACAAUAGAACAAUAUGGGUAUACUUUGUGGUAAACACCAACAUCACAAGCAAGCAAAUACAGAAGAAAACAAUCAGACUGCAGAAAUAGAAAGACGGAUUGAAGAAGAGACAAAGGCAGAGAAACAUAUACAAAAACUUCUACUACUUGGUGCUGGAGAGUCCGGGAAAUCAACGAUUUUCAAACAGAUCAGACUUUUGUUCCAAACUGGCUUUGAUGAUGCAGAGCUAAAGAGCUAUAUUCCUGUUAUUCAUGCCAAUGUGUAUCAGACUAUAAAAAUAUUGUGUGAUGGAUCCAAAGAACUAGCUCAAAAUGGAACUGAUUCUUCAAAAUAUGUUGUAUCUACUGAGAAUAAGGCAAUUGGAGAUAAACUAUCUGAUAUUGGUAGUAAGGUAGAUUAUCCAAGAUUAACAAAAGAACUUGCAGAGGAAAUACAAACCUUGUGGGAAGAUACUGCAAUACAGGAGACAUAUUCUCGUGGAAAUGAACUCCAAGUUCCUGAUUGCACUUACUAUUUCAUGCAAAAUUUACAAAGACUGUCUGCUACUGAUUAUGUUCCAACGAAGGAAGACGUUCUCUAUGCUAGGGUUCGUACAACUGGUGUUGUAGAAAUUCAAUUCAGUCCAGUUGGGGACAAUAAAAAAAGUGGUGAAGUAUAUAGGCUUUUUGACGUUGGUGGACAGAGAAAUGAAAGAAGGAAGUGGAUACAUCUAUUUGAAGGCGUGACAGCGGUUAUAUUUUGUGCUGCCAUUAGCGAGUAUGACCAGACACUAUUUGAAGACGAAACAAGGAAUAGGAUGAUGGAGACCAAGGAACUAUUGGAUUGGGUUCUUAAGCAGCCAUGUUUUGAGAAAACAUCUUUUAUGCUGUUCCUUAACAAGUUUGACUUGUUUGAGAAGAAGGUUACCAAAGUGCCACUAAAUGUAUGCGAAUGGUUCAAGGAUUAUCAGCCCGUUUCAACAGGGAAACAAGAAGUUGAACACGCUUAUGAAUUCGUGAAGAAGAAAUUUGAGGAAUUGUAUUUCCAGAGCACGCCUCCUGAUCGGGUAGAUCGAUUCUUUAAAAUCUACCGUACAACUGCCCUUGAUCAAAAGCUAGUGAAGAAGACUUUCAAGCUGGUUGACGAAACCUUGAGAAGGAGACAUCUAUUCGAAGCAGGGUUAUUGUGACGGGAAUAAUGUCAAUACUGAAAUUUGUCGUGCCAUCAUCAUACAUUACAGACAGGGAAAGUAGCGAUGAAAUUCAAUCUUCAUCAAAGAAAGAUGGUUGUUAUAUUCUUUUUAACACUACUGGAGUACAAUAUCUUUUUAAUUAUUAUGUAAUGCUUCAAUAUUUUGUCAAUAACGGAUUGUGAUUUUGCAUAUGGCUAAUCUCUCUUUGUAUUGAAAAUGAUGCUAUUAUAAUUAAAUUUCAUUUCGAUCUUGCUAUA